AUUUACUAACAUACAGUAUUAAAACGCUCGUGAACAGAGCUGUAUACUUUAUUGGUUUUGAUCAGUUUAACUAGGUAACUUCUUAAUACUUAAGAAUAUAUAACUUCACUAAGUAACAAUGGAAAAUAAAAAGCUCACAUUCACCGAAACAAUCGAUCUACGUAAUAAAUAUAUCGGGAAAUCUUGCGAAUUGUUUUAUAAGAAGAGUCCUUUGAAAAUCGUUCGCGGUCAAGCACAAUAUCUGUACGAUCAAGACGGAAGAGAAUACUUGGAUUGCAUCAAUAACGUUGCCCAUGUUGGCCACUGUCAUCCGGACGUAGUGAGAGCGGGCGUGGAACAAAUGCAACAGUUGAACACCAACAGUAGGUUCCUGCAUGAUAAUCUGGUGGUAUGUGCGGAGAAGAUAGUAUCGAAAAUGCCGGAACCGUUAUCCGUCUGUUUCUUUGUCAAUUCUGGUUCCGAAGCAAAUGACUUGGCAUUAAGGUUGGCUCGUCAACACACCGGCAACACCGACGUCAUCACUUUGGAUCAUGCAUACCAUGGUCACUUGACUUCACUGAUUGAUAUUUCACCAUACAAGCUGAAUUUACCAAACGCACCAAAAAAACCAGAUCACGUGCAUAUAGCUCCUGUUCCGGAUGUAUAUAGAGGUAAAAUUAGAGCUGACGAUCAUCCCGAUGAAGAUAUGGGAAAGUUGUAUGCUCUGGAAGUUAAAAAGAUUAUUGAUCAAAAUGUGAUUGAACAACGUGGUCAAAAAGUGUGCGCUUUCAUUGCAGAAAGCUUACAAAGCUGUGGUGGUCAAAUUAUAUUACCACAUAAUUACUUACGAGAUGUUUAUAAAUAUGUGCGAGAAGCUGGUGGUGUGUGCAUUGCUGACGAAGUUCAAGUAGGAUUUGGCCGAUCGGGUACACAUUAUUGGGCGUUCCAACUCGACGGAGUGGAUGUUGUACCUGACAUCGUAACUGUGGGUAAGCCCAUGGGCAACGGACAUCCGGUCGCAGCCGUUAUCACUACAGAAGCUGUGGCCCGCAGCUUUGAAGAUACAGGCAUUCAAUAUUUCAAUACGUACGGUGGGAAUCCUGUGUCGUGCGCCAUAGCCAUUUCUGUGAUGAACGUCGUCGAUGACGAACUGAUGAUGGAAAAUGCCAAAGACGUUGGCGAGUAUUUGUUAUCUGAACUCGAAAAUAUGCAACGAAAAUUCCCGGAUGUGAUUGGUGACGUCCGCGGUGUCGGAUUGUUCGUUGGCAUAGAACUGAUAAAGGAUCCGAAAACCAAGACUCCGGCCACGGCGGAGACCCGUGAGAUCGUUGACAGAAUGAAAACCGAAGAAAGAAUACUGGUCAGUAGUGACGGACCAGAUGUGAACGUCGUUAAACUUAAGCCCCCAAUGGUGUUUACCAGAGCCGACGCCGACCGAUUCCUUAAGUCGUUUAAGACAAUGAUUGCAGACAUCAGGACACAACGGUUUCAAUUGCUGUGAUUUAUUUUAUAUUGCUACCCACUAAAUGUUUACAAAAGUUGAUAUAUCUACCUAGUAAACAUAUGAUUUUAUUCUGUCAAUAGGUAGUCACCUACCUAAUUUAUAUACUAAACGAAUAUCAUGAUAAUAUGUAAAUGCUUGAUAUUAUAUGUAAAUUAAUAUAUAUAUAUUAUGUAUAACUGAAAAUAUUUUAGUAUAACGAGAACCCAAAUACCGAUUUUAAUCAUUAUUGUUCAUUUGUAUAGACAUGUUAAUCAAUGUUUGUGUGAUUUGUUUUACGUACAGAGAUAAAAAUUGACAUCGGUCAUCAUGUCAAGGCUGGGCCAAUUUAAUUUAAUUUUAACAAUAAAGCUUAUGAUAAUCGU